AGAUGAAGCUGACAAAAUGGCUGUAGGCACAGGACUGGGCGAAAGUAGGAGUAUAAGAGAGGAUUCCUAAGCAGCGAAAAAAUAUUGGGAAAACAUUAUAUUUACGUAACAAAGAUUAAGAUAGUUGUACCGUAACAACAAAUGUGGUUAGAUACUAAAUUAGCGAACGAAUAAAAAAGAACAGAAUUCGGGUCUUAUGAUCGAAACAGAACGUCAUAGCUAGCUAGCUGGCUAGCCUGCUAGCCUAGCUGGCCAACACAACCGAAUAUUACCGGUUUGUUAGCUUGCUUAUCAAGAAAAAUAGUUAAAUACGCUAGACAGUUAACUAGUUAACGUUGGUUAACAACUUCCAACCUAGCGCUAGACAUUUUUGUUCUGUUUUGCAUAGGUUCCCAUGAAUAUGCUUCACCGUUCCAUCGUUUGUACAUCUUGUUAGCUAGCUAGCUUAGUUAGGGCUGACAUGUCGAAUUGCAGAGAGGAUGUAUAAGCCAAUUCUUUAACAGGCCACAAUUUUGGUAGUUGUUGAUCUAGACAGGUAUAUGGGCAGGUAAUUUAUCUGAUAAAGCACGUAUACACUCAUAUGCUGCCUUACCAAGCUGGGUUAAAAUGAAUAGAGCGUGGUAGUGGGAAACGCAUCUAAUGCUAGGGCUACGUUAGCUAUCUCAGAAUUUAUCAGAGGGUAACGUCAGCUAGCCAGCAUUACUGAGAAAACUUGCUCCGUUUUCUGACAAAUUGAUAACGUUGCUUAGUUGUACUUAAAACAGGGUUCUUUCCACAGUAGUCCGGCCAAAAUGGUCAUCCGUGCUCGUUUUAUCUAGUCAUUCUGAUAGAUUUGUCUGACAGCUGUCUUGUGAUUCACGUGAAAUUGGUGUCCAUAGGACAAGAAGUCAGAAAAUGUCAGAAAAUCAGCCUAACGUGAACAACAACCCGCUCAAUAACAAUGCCGGGACGAACAGAAUACGCAACCCCAAUAUCAACCAAAACCCACUCAUCAAUGUGCGGGACCGGCUUUUUCACGCACUAUUCUUUAAGAUGGCUGUAACAUACGCCAGGUUGUUCCCACCGUCCUUUAGAAGAAUCUUCGAGUUCGUUGUACUAUUAAAGGCUCUGUUUGUGCUCUUCAUCCUGGCCUACAUCCACAUCGCCUUCUCGCGCUCGCCCAUAAACUGCCUGGAGCACGUGCGGGAGAAGUGGCCUCGCGACGGCAUCCUGAGGGUGGAGAUCCAGCGCAACUCCAGCCGCGCGCCCAUCUUCCUGCAGUUCUACGAGACGGAGGGCUUCCAGGGCCUGGUGAAGGAGCCCGAGGGCGGGCCCGGCCCCCUGGAGGAGGAAGAGGAUGAGGAGGAGAUGACCCUGGAUAUGUUCGACAACAGCUCUGUGCAGUUUGAGCUGGACAUCGAGCCCCGGCUGAAGCCGUCUCUGAGCAGCAGUGGCCCCGGGGUCGGCCUGAACGACUCCCAGGACCCGCUCUCCUUCAGUCAGGCGUCCGCUAAAGGUAUGCAGCCGCUGAGGGAGACUGUCUCCGAGAUUGAGAUGCUAACCCGAGCAGUAUGGCCGCAGGAGGAGUACAUAGUGGAGUAUUCCCUCGAGUACGGCUUCCUACGCCUAUCCCAGAACACCCGGCAGCGUCUCAACAUCCCCGUCAUGGUGGUCACCCUGGACCCCAUGAAGGAUCAGUGCUUUGGCGACGGGUUCAGCCGCUUCCUGCUGGAUGAGUUCCUGGGCUAUGAUGACAUCCUCAUGUCCAGCGUGAAGGCGCUGGCGGAGAACGAGGAGAACAAAGGCUUCCUGAGGAACGUGGUGUCGGGGGAGCACUACCGCUUCGUCAGCAUGUGGAUGGCCCGCACCUCCUACCUCGCCGCCUUCGUCAUCAUGGUCAUCUUCACCCUGUCCGUGUCCAUGCUACUGCGCUACUCCCACCACCAGAUCUUCGUCUUCAUCGUGGACCUGCUGCAGAUGCUGGAGAUGAACAUGACCAUCGCCUUCCCAGCAGCCCCUCUGCUCACCGUCAUCCUGGCCCUCGUCGGCAUGGAGGCCAUCAUGUCCGAGUUCUUCAACGACACCACCACGGCCUUCUACAUCAUCCUCAUCGUGUGGCUGGCUGAUCAGUACGACGCCAUCUGCUGCCACACCAACACCAGCAAGAGGCACUGGCUCCGGUUCUUCUAUCUGUACCACUUUGCGUUCUACGCCUACCACUACCGCUUCAACGGACAGUACAGCAGCCUGGCUCUGGUCACGUCCUGGCUCUUCAUACAGCACUCCAUGAUCUACUUCUUCCACCACUACGAGCUGCCCGCCAUCCUGCAGCAGAUCCGCAUCCAGGAGAUCUUCCUGCAGAACCAGCAGGCCGGCCAGGGCAACCAGACCACGCUGCAGGACAACCUGAACAACAACACCAGCAGCGCGGCCCCGGCCGGCAGGCCCCUGAACGGGCAGGCCCGGGCCCCCGGCGACGGCCAGCCCCAGGGCCCCGGCGCGGCCCAGCCCCACCCCAACGGCCUGGGGGCCCCCGGCGCGGACGGGGCCGAGGCGGGCGGCGAGCUGGACUGGGUGGCGGAGACGGCGGCCAUCAUCACCGAGGCGCUGUCGGCCCCUCAGCUGACCGGGGCCCUGCUGGACGCUGAGAGCCUGCGGCAGGCCCGCGCCCCGGACCCCGGCAUCAGCGUGGUGGCCGAGCUCCGCGUGGGCGCCGUGGUCCCCGCGGACGGCGCCGGGGCCUCCCACGCGGAGGGCGGGGGCCCCGUCCCGUCCGGCCUGGUCACCGUGGAGAUCAGAGCCAGAGGCUGCACGCCGGUCCCGGCGGAGGGGGCGGGGCCCGAGGCGGAGGCCGCGCCCCCCGCCCCCGUGAGCCCCGCCCCUCCCCCGCACACAGACUCCAGGGGGCCGGCGGAGGGGGGCGCCUGCGAUACGGACAGGGACACUAAGACAGAGGAGGGGGAGGACUCCCGAACCGCCCACGACCCCCAGCCCAGCCCCUCCUGAGCUCUGCCCGCCCCCCCUUCCACGCGCAGAAUGAUCUCCUCCCCCCUUUCUUCAACACCAUGUCUUUUAUGUGGACGAGAAAAAAAAAAAAAAGCAAGGGCCUUUUUGUAGAUGUGGCUUAAUUAAUUUCUUUCAGAAGACUUGAUGGGGCGGGGGUGAGGGGGGGCGCGGGGGUGUGGAAAUGGGAAAUGCAGGGACUCCCACCCCUACUUGCCCCCCCAACCCAGGGGAGGUGGGGCUUAAAUAAGCUUUGAUUUUUCUGUCCUGAGUGGGAUUCUGCCACAGAGUAGAGAUUCUUACUCGAGUUUUUGUUGAUAACUAGCCACAUGUUCAGAUUGUUAAUUCAGAGAGGCUGCGAUGGCGUUUAUUUACAGGUGAUUUACAUGUUUUAAUCGAUGAUUGGACGAAAAUCGGUAUGUUUUCAACACGUUGGGGUGGUGUACCCAGAUUGUUUGGGCUGGUAUCUAGGAAGACAAAGGAGAAUAUUUCUAAUGUGAUUCUAUAAAAUAAAGGUGCUGACUUGUGUGCAGUUAGAGAUGGCACUGUCUGUAUGAAAGAAGGGCAGUUAGAAAGGCGGGAGUCGUCAUGGUGACUGAGCCGGGCUGAGGGCACACACAGGCUGUUCUAUCAGGCGGCCAUCUUUGGACCCCCUGUCUGGAAGGACCAGUCUCCCCAUUCCAUCUAGUCGAAGCUAUGUUGACAUCAGUCAAUUGCGACUGUGUAUUUGUUCAUCUUGUGUGCCCCUGUCUCUUAAGCCAUUUUUCCAGUAAUGAACGAACGGGGUGGGGGUGUGAGAGCGAGGUCAGAGCCCCGUUUCCUCUGUCACGCACCCCGGGGGCGUCAGCACGGACGUUCCCAGCCCCCCCCCCCCCCCCGGCUCGUCUGUAGCUGCAGCGGCCCUCCGGGAGAAGCACAGCUCCAGUUUCAGCUCGACCGGAGCCUAUAGCCCUCGCUCCGACGCGCUCCGUGUUUCCGUGUUUCCCCCCCCCCCCCCUGCAGCCGCCUGAGUGCAGGUCCACGUUCUCCCGCCGAGUCCUCGCCACGGCGACCGGCGGAAACGCGCUCCGCCCCGGGGAGGUCCGAAAGCCCGAACGCACUCGUAGUGCAUUUCAAUCACAAUAACGUAGUUCUGUAGACUAAACGAAUAUCCAAAAGCAGGAGCGGUUUCUGCUUAAUGGUUCGGCUGUCGCUUCUUAAGCCCUACACUUUGCCACGUGCGGGGAACUUUAAAAAAAAAUGCUUUAGCUUUCACUUGUAGCCCUCGCCACUUUGCUACGGUUAAAAAAACAGUAAUUGUUCAAACAGCCGAAACUACAGCACACACUCGAGUCUGCAGUGUUGCGUGCAGUCGCCUUAUGUUUGUGGAGUUUAAACGCGUAAUCUCAUCUUCAUCUCACGGUGGCACAAGACUUAGGCCGUGCUCUGUCAUGAAUUUUCUAGCCUUCGAAAGAGGCGCGGGUGUCCUUUGAGACCGUGUAAAGACAAGGACAAAUUUGUCUGUGUGCUGCGGAGUUGACAGAAUAAUAUGCAACACUUGUCAACCGAUACAAAAUUUCCUGGGCUUGUUGGGAGCUUUUUAAACCAGUGUUUGGGUUCUCAUGGAGGGGAUAUUGAUCGCUUCAACCGGGAUUGACUGAUAGGGUAUGGAACACGCAUAAGGAAAUUAUUAUUUGAAUAAUGUUUUAAACGGAGGUUUUUAGGCUUUACUUCUAAACCCCUUGACUAUGCUAAUAAGGCUGCUUAUUUGACCCGAGACCAUCAGUCUCCCCACACUGCCCAUGCCACAUUUGGACAGACCGAACUAGUCCCACUUUAAGAAGAGUAGCUGACAGGUCUGGGACUAACGAGUCUCCUCAGGUUUGUGUUAGAAGCGACUUCCUGGAAAGCGGAGGGUUGUUGCGAUUCUCUGUAGUCAGAAAAGAGUGGUCUGAACGUGUGUGUGUGUCCCUCUCGAUGCUGAACACACGAAGCGGAAACGCUGUGGGCGUUGACGGGGGGCCUGGGUGCAGACCUCCUGCACACGAUGGACUGGUCGCGGUCUGCCGACCAGAGAGCUUUAUUUUGAAUAUGCCUUAUGUUUUCCGGUGAAUGAAGUUGCAGGUGGCAGCCUUCUUGCAACGCGAGCUAAGAGACACAGCGGGUUUAAUAGGUUCUGCUUUUUAAUGGGUAAAUAAAAGGUGCAGUGGUUCAGUAAUGGCUAUGCAAUAGGCAGGAUGAAGGAACAGGACCCAAGGUUCAGCAACGAUGCAGGUAGUGCAAAUUGUGCAAUACAACAAUAUUCUGUUUGAUUCGAGUCUAAGUUUUUUUUUUUUUUUUUCUUUUUUUUUUUUAUAGAAGAGAUAUAACUAAUACGAGUAAUGAACAACCCUAACGAUAAGGUUUGGAGAUAAGUUGUGUGUGUUUUUUUUUUUCUGUGCCUAUUCGCUGUUAUGUAAGGAAUCCGGAUGAUUGUAGCCUUGCAACAGUUGCUCUUCAUUGUAGACUUAUUCUUUUAGACAAAUGUAAACAAGAUCCUUAAAAUCUCUGAUGGACUAGAUUUCUUAUCUCAUUCAAAAUGUAUUUAACUGUAACGUAAAAAAAAAAAAAAGAACUGCAGAAAAAAAAAAGAGAAUUCCUUUGUACAUAUG